AUGCAAUUCAUUGAUUAUAAUUUUAAACAUGUUUUUAUGUGUCAAAAUAAAAGGUUGUGGAUAUUAUAUACAUAAAUGAGGAUUCUUUAUUCAAGUAAUAAUGAACGAGUCUUAAUUAAUAAAGGAUCUUUUAGUGAAGUAUUACGAUUUUAAAAGCCUAUACAAAAAAGUGAUUAUAAUCUCUUAUGUAAGAAUACUAAUAAUAUUGCCAUGUAUACAAAUCAAUGUGUUCUUUAUUCAAUCUUUAACCAGAAUCAAACAUUAUUAGGUAUCUUAGAAAUAAGUAUUUCUGUAAAUGAUUACUUUUCUUUUGAUGAAGAAUAUUAUGGUGUAAUAUUGGCUAAGUUGUGA